CUUUCGCCAUCCAAGUCUUAUCUGCGUUCGCAUCUUUACAUCUGUACAUAUUACCAUUAUUCGACGAGUCGAGGGAUGGAAUGCCUUCCUUCUUCGAUUUUCAGCAGGGCAACGAAACCCGCGGUCCGGCGAACGACAGUUCUCCGCUAUUAGGACGAUUCCGCGCGGUGCCGGACGCGCAGCGGCAUGGCACUAGAAGUCACCGCAAUAGUCUGCUAGGAACAUGGACGGGGAGAGGGUCGGGCUGGGGGUAUGGUACGGUGUUCGGUACCAACGAUGAUGACGAUGACGAUUCGAUUGAAAUAGAGGAUAUGGGAAGGUUGAAGAGAUGGGGACGAAUACAGCGAGAUCUGUGGCUGGAACCAAGACAAGCUGUUGUAGCCAGGCUCGUAGAUAAGUGGUGGUCAAGAUGGGUAUUGCUUGCUGUUUUCCCAGCUGCUUUGGCUGUUGGAUGGUGUGCACUUCCAAUUCCGCAAUACGAAAUAGACGACGACGAUUUUGCGGAGGGCAUCUCACUAGGGCAUAAGAUUCCUGGUCACGGAGCUGCGCGUGUUGAAAUCAACUUCUGGUUCUUUUUGUUCGUUUAUUAUGGGCUAUAUAAUUUGACGGCCUUAUUAUGGGUAACGAAAGUGUUCAAUAUAUACAGCCUCAACUGGUGGCCAGAGACAUUAGGAUUUCCCCUAACUGUUUCGCUGAUUGGCAUAGUAUCCCUAGCAGUCCCAAUACCAGUAUAUUAUUUCACUGAUCUACGGGACUUCACGGGCUAUAACACUUUGUGGAUAUGCUGGACCUUCUUCACCAUGGCUAUGCCGCUCAUGUUAGCAUUUGGUAUUCUUGUGAAUCACGAACGGCACCUCGGCCUACGACAGUCACUCUCAGAAACCCAACGCAUAUUUACAACAUCUUGGUGGACGGGUGAGUCUGAAACGGUUGUAGCAAGAAGUCGUCCUCGAAGGGCAAAUGUUACUCAAAAUCAUUAUGACCCAGAUGCCCCUCUCGAAGUAGCUCUGGCAUCUGAAAAUACGAAUAUGCGAGAACGGAAUCUGGCUCUCCGAAAACGGUGGAUUCCAGCUAGUUUUAUGAGGUUCAUAUGGUUUUGUGCCGCGCUUUAUGUUGGCAUGAUGGCAUAUGUGCUUGGAGAAGCUUAUGCUGAAACCUAUUUGAGAACUUUGCCGCAUAACACUAUCCAGACUAUUGUAUACGUCUAUACCUGGGUCUUGACAAUCAACUUAUUGGAUGGCUUGACAGGAUGGAUCUUGGGAGGAAAUGAAGGAGAACGCGUUGGCAGCUAUCCUUUGGGAUGGGUAUUCAAAUUAUACUAUUCUCUAACGUAUCAGACGUACGUUCGUGCUCUGUACGCCCGCCUGCGCUCGCCACAGCAAUUUAUCCUGCUUCAAGUUCUCUCUUCCAGCUUUCUCAUCAUCCUCUUCCCGCUCUCCAUGUCAAGGGCAUUCCACUAUGUCCUCACAAUCCUUGGCAUCAAUGGUCAAACAACACAGCAAUACCAGAAAUUUUGUGCCCGAAACAUAUUCAUUCGAGGCCUCUCCGAGAACGUCUCAAUGCUAGCCUUCCUAGGCUCAAUUCUGGUUCUGCAUUACGGAGCCAACAAAAAUGUCUAUCCAUAUUUUGCAUUCGAUAAAGAAGACACACCAGCCACUCCUCCCACUGAUGGCGGGUUGCCCAUCAGCGAUGGCUCAGAAUACGAUUUUGGAUUGACAUUCUACGCCUCAAUGGUGACAUGGGCCUGCGAAAUGGUCGCAGCUUGGAUAGUACGUAGAAUCAUCUGGUACGGUUGGAAAAUCGACGUGACCGGUGAAGCGAAGCAGGAUUUGGGAACUUGGCCUGAACUCCUGCCUACAGGAGUGGUGGUUAUUUUUCACGUGCUGCAGAAUAUGUUGUUUUCGAUUGCGCGGUUGAAAUUUCAUUGAUGGCGUUAUGAUGACUUGGUUGGAAAUUGUCGAUUGUUCAGCGUGGAGUUGGAGGAAUCUUUGAUACCCCUUAUCAGCGAAUCGUCUUCUUCAACGACUUCGAUACCCUUAGAUUAAUUUAAUGCAACCCGUUUUGUGCUGUCACUUUAGAGGUGAUGACUUAUUUUCGCACAACGAGUUGAGCUGACCUGGGUCAGAGUACUGGAUUGCUUUCGAUGCUCAACACAAGAAGGUGAAAAGGUUUCACUGAAGACUUCUGCAUGC